UAUCGACAAUCUAUGAUUCUGUUUGGGAAGCAGCAUGUGUGAUUGAAAUUCCAGUGGGCCAAACAAAGGUGUUCAAACUGGUUGGUGAUCAGGCCGGUCUCAGCUUUGUCUCCUGCAGUUGAAUAAUCUGAAACCCUCCAGGUUUGCACAAGGAGGAUAACCAUUUAACUGUUAGACAAGGGUCAUGUGAUGUUUGUAGACCUGUGUUCCAUAAAGGAAUCAAUACACUUCGGAAGAAAAUUAGGGUGAUGGCGAGUGGGAAAAAACUUUCCAGUGAUCAAUACCUCCAAACAAAAACUGGUUAACUGUCACUUUUUGAAAGAAUGUUGGUAAUCAAGAAUUAAUAAUUCAAAGCACAAACUGUGCUAGAACAUGGCAAUAUUUAAACAACAACGCAUUAAGUGCAUCUGAAAAGUAUUUCCAAGUGUGCACUUAUCAAAUAGAUGAGGCUAGAAUAUGGGCUCAAUUAAAAACAAACCUUUCUUUUUAAAUAGCUCAUUAGGCAAAUUUACAACAUCUAUGGGAGUUCCAAAGCACAUUGCAACCAAUGAAGUAUUUUUGGUAACGUAGUCAAUGUUGUACUGUCUGAAAUGCAGCAGCUAGUUUGCACAGUGUGGUCCCUCAAACAACAAUUUAGCACUGACCAGAAAAUCUACUUGGAUGGUGCAGGUUGGGGUGAGUGUUAAUCAGAGGUAUGGGAGAACUUGCCUGCUAUUUGAGAUGUUACCAUGGGAGCUGAAAUUCAAGCCCUAUUCCCUAAAAAUGUAGUGAAUUCUGGCUGUGAUGGUUCCUAUCCCAAGUCCAAGGCAAAAAUCAGCCAUUGAAAAGUUGACAGUUAUUGUUGCUUUCCGAGUACUAAUCAAUGACUGAGCAAUUGCUGUUAGGAAAAUAUUUUGGGCUCCACUUCUUUCAGAUUGCUUCCUGUUUAUUUCUUGUGGUGGAACGCAGCAGACACAUUCCUCUUUAUCCUUCUGAUACCGAGAAGCAACAAGAUGCAUCAAUUCACCCUCAUCUUUGGACCCAACAGCUUGCCUCCAAUGGGGCAGAUACAAAGAAAUGCUGCACUGUAAAUCAUGUGGAGGAUCAUUAGGGUUCACGAAAAUUAAAUGAACGAUGGUCCUGAUCAACUUGUCCCUCCCGGUUGGGAUGUUAACCGGUUGAAAAACAUCCCCGCUUUGAUUUGAAAUCUUGAGUCUCCAUGCAUUUCAACAUGGAAGAUGUGCAGGAACUCGGCAAUAGAAGCCUGGAUGGUGCCUCAAAGCUGAAAACAAUCCAACAGGAAAUAGAAACUUGCAAGGCUGAUCUUGGCUCUCUGAAAAAGGACAUAGAUGACUUGGAAAGAAUUAAACAUGAACUACAGCAUAUGACAAUGGAAUAUGCUGUCCGGAGUGAAAGACUCCAACAAAGGAUAGAGAGUGACAAAUUAGAAAAAGACAAGCAGGAUUUAAACCUACAGAAACAAAUGGAUGAUACAGUGGUUGAGAAUGACAACCUGAUAAAGGAGCAAAAUAAAGUAAAUGAGGAGUUAGCAAGGCUUGAAGAAGAAAAAUCAGAACUGGAGAAGCAGCUCAAGGUCUCUGCUUCCAUGCCUCAGCAACAAUGGACUUUUAAUGGCAAUAUAGAGCAAGAUGGCAAACCAGGAGUAAAAUUUGACGGAAAGCCAUACAUUCGGUAUCCAAUUAGAGGGGGCUCUGCAGUAAUCACAUUCGAAGAUGAAACAGUUGCUAGUAAGAUACUGGACAUGGAAGACCAUGAGGUUGAAGUGGGAGAAUGUCAACUUAAGAUAAAGGCUCAUCCUUUGAAGCUGCCGAUGUUAGGAGAUGUUGAAAUUCAGACUCGAGUGUAUAAAUACAGAAUCCUGGUUUCGCAAAUCCCAAAGCUUAUCCCAGCCGAACAGCUGCUUGACAAGUUGGAACUGCACUUCAGCAAACAAAGGAAUUCUGGAGGAGAAGUGGCAAAUGUUGAGAUGUUGGAAGAUUCUGGCAAUGUUGUAAUUACAUUCGUUGCUGAAGGAAUUUCUGAGAAUUUGACAAAGAAAGAGUUUCACCAAGUGGAGCUUCGAGGAAUGAACAAAAGCAUCCCCCUGAAGAUUUCACCAUUUGUUAUGGGUGAAAUUGUAAACAUAACGAUUGGUGAGGUUGUUUCCAAAAAGAGCAUCCUGUUUACUGGAAUUCCAGAUGUAAUGGAUGAAGAAAUCCUUCAGGACGUUUUGGAAAUAUACUUCCAGAAACCCAGUAAUGGAGGCGGUGAGGUGGAUGCAUUUGCAUACGUUCCUGAGGGGAAAAGCGGAAUAGCGUGUUUUGAGGCAGAUAAUGGGAAUGAAGAGUGAAAUGUGAAGAUUCACUACAGUUCUACACAUGACUGACUGCUCUUCCUAUUCGACAUGCAGACAAUGUUGACUUGUACCCAACCUUAUCAUGUUUUCCAAUUAGCCUGAAGUAAAAUGUCGAUGGUUGUAGGCCAUUUAAUUAAAGGGGAUGGCACAGUUUUCCCACUGCCAGUGGUACAGAUCUAACGCUGAGUGUACCUCCCACCCAGCACUGUCCUAUCCAGUUGUGAGGGUGAGUCAUUUGCCCUCAGAUUGUCACCAGUGCUGUUAUGAAAGCAUGUGGAAAGGUGCAUGAAGAGCUACCAUGAUAAGUAAGGUUCUGCGUGACACUGUUAUCCUAUGUUUGGUGCAUGGCUGAGCUGUGGAACUAGGUGGGAUGGGACCAGGAAAGCCAACUCCUGCUCCACCGUUUUGUGGCACGAGGCACCUCCUGCUCUCAAACAACUGAAUAGGAAAGCAGAGAUUGGAAAUUAGAAUACAUUAGCCCAUUAGAAUGUCAAAACAUAAUCACGCUCCCAUUGAUAACUGAAAUACCCCUCAAGUUAGAUACCUUUACCCAUGAGGAAUAUAUUAAAAUAAAAGGCAAGUAUCAUGGUAAUCGUUUAAUUGAAGAACUGGAUUUUUGGAUACAUUUAAUUCUGAUUAACACGGACUAACUUUGAUAGUUUAAGGGCAGCUUUUUCUGGUCGGCGAGCUGGGGCGGGGCCUGCUUGCCGACACGUAAAGUGAUGCAGGGUGACGUUGGGCGUGCACCCCGAUGCGUUCCUGGAUCAUUUAGGUUUUCAGGCCUUCAGGCCUUCGACCUGUCAACGGCCUAUUAAGGCCAUUAAAAAAGUAAUUGAAAUCAUUAAUGGACCUUAAGGUUGGCGGGCAGGCGAAGAGCCCAGGCAACCUUCCAAAAAAGCAUGAAACCUCGUUGCCGGGC